CGACGAUAAAAUACAGAGGUGUCGCUGCGUACCUUGGGAUUUUCUUUGACAGACUGUAAUGUAGAUAGCAUUUUGAAAGUGGUGACUGUUAUUCGUUGUGCUUGUACGUGGAAUGUCGUGCAUCGGAAUUUUGCUAUGAGGUUCAGGCAUUAAGCAAGAAGAUGGUAGCAGAACACCGAGAGGACUUUUCUGUGGGUUCGAUAGUCGACGAUAUCGAGGUAGCGGCCACCCGUUUCGCGCUCAGCCCUGCCCUUAGGUUGGUGGCACCUCCCGAAUUAGCGGAAGAAUCAAGUGUCCGAUGGUCCAAAACGAUCGCGAGCUUCUGUUCUAAUGCUACUGGAUCCACUGCGUCUACCUCGCCCCUAGGAGCCACUUCCAAGUCUGACUUAAAUGAUGGCUCAAAUCAACGUGUCGUCGACGGACGACGGAUUCUCGAGGUAUCGUAUCGUGACUUCUGGCGGUCCUGCGAGGCUGUUGCAUCAAAGUUGAGAGCGUCAUUGGCCGCUUCAUCAUCUGCUGAUAACGAACGCGUGCAACCAGUGGCACUGGUGUGCGUAACUUGGUGUGGGCCUCUGCUGUCGGUCGCGCAACUCGCAGUGCUCCGUGCAGAGUGCGUUCUGGUGCAUGCUGAUCCAGGUGACCCGAGGUUUGUAGAUAUUUUGCACGAUUGCAAGCCUGAUUUCCUGAUUGUCGAGACCUCAUCCGCACCGCCACAGAAGAUCUUGCAGGAACUCGGACGAACAAAACGCCCGUUUACCUUGUUUGGGAUUGCAGACGUGCUAGAAGACCCGUCAACUUUGUUCAAUGCCGCGGAUGCAAAGCCAUCGUCUCCAAAUGUAGCUAGAACGUCGCAGGAGAUCUUAAAAGAUCGUAGUUGCUGCUGUGGCGAUGUUCUUGGCAACACUACGCCGUCCACAGUUGGUUCAUCGCCAGCAGCGUUGCUGUCAUCCGAAUCGAAAGAUCCAACGAAAGUUACCAGUGGGCUUGUAGGAGCCGCGGCGUCGAGCAAGGACGAAAACGGUGCACCGACAACCAAUGGUGCGAUGCUACACACAAGAGGAAAGAGAAGUACCGCGGAGGACGAUAACAGCAAUCUUCGGAGAAAGAGCCGGCUUUUCUCGCAUAUAUACUAUACAAGUGGCAGUACCGGCAAACCGAAAGGUUGCUUGUUACGGAGUGGUGCGGUCCGCAACUACUGUCUCGGAAAAAACGAAGUUCAUGCAGUCGACGAAUCGAGUUCGUUUUUGUUAUUAUCAAGUUGCACUUUUGAUCCGCACCUGGGUGAUUCCCUUGCCACUUGGGCAGCCGGAGGGUGUCUCGUCGUGGCGGCGGAGAACCUCGCUACGAGUUUCCUGUCGUCGAUGGCUACAUCCACCUCGAGGCCAGCAGACGAACCAGGCGUGAGACGCGACGAGUCGCUUUUUGAGACGUUGGUUUUGCGGGGUUGUCGUGUGACUCAUUGCCAGACAACACCCAGCUUGUGGCAGUCGUUGAUAGGCUCGAAAGAUUCCGCUCUCCUUGACGAUAGUCCCUCGAUGAAUGAUUCAAGAGAGAAUCAGACGAGGUACAAAAUGCAGACAUUGGCGCUUGGGGGAGAGUCGAUGGCACGGUUUUGGCCGAUUCGAGGCCCACAAUGCGGGAGGCUCCUGAAUACUUACGGCGUCACGGAGUGUUUCUGCUAUCAGACCUAUCAGCGCAUUAGUUGCUUGGAGGAAACCCAGUUUAUUGGCAUUCCCUUCCCAGGGAAUACGGUGGAGUUGUGGC